AGUUAAAUUAAAUUAAAUUAAACUAAAAUUUAUGAAGUAGGUGUUUUAAACAUGUACACGGGCAGUGCCGAUCCCUGGCAAUUGAAAGAUACAACAACUGGGCAAGGAAACAAAGAACUCUCAAGCAACUGUGAUACUUUUGAGGAUAAUUUCACAGCCCAGGACCAGGACCAGGAAGGCACAGAAAAAGACUUUGAAAAUACAGACAAAAGAAAUGAUAGGAACUUGCACGACCCUUUGCCUGAUUCUAGCAACUAUUUGGAACUAUUAGAGCGGAAGUUGGCCAAGGUGCAAAAGGGCAGCAAAUUGUUGGAAAAUUUGCAGGACAAGCGGCAGGAUUGCAUGCGAUCUCUCCUGUCGGCCAACGGCGUGCCAGUCACAAUAUUUGAACAGCUUCUUGAGCUCGAUACCCCGAUCGACAGCGGUCGGCUGCAUCGUCACUUGCUUCCUGUCCAAGCCCUAACAGUGGGCGAAACCGUUCGCAUAGUCGAGCACGACGCUCUGGAGCGGCCCGAAGAGCAGACUGAAGUGGAAGAUCAGUAG